UUUACAUAUUUCUCGGGCACACCUUUCCUGAGUAGACAAUUCCAAAGGGCACAUCGAUCAACCGAAUCGAAGGCACCUUUGAUGUCGAGGAACACGACUACGGUGGGCCGCCAAUAUGUGUGACGGUGCUCCAACAACUGACGCAAGGUGAAGAUGUGGUCGAUGCAGCCACGACCCCGACGAAACCCGGCUUGCUCCUCACGAAUCUGGCUUUCACGAGCGCCAGUCAGUCUGUGGAGAAUUAUGGACGCGAGUAAUUUGGAGGCGAUGGAGAUCAGACUGAUUCCUCUAUGGUUGCCGCAUUCCGAGCGCGAGCCGCCUUUGAAGAUGGGAACAAUAACGGAGCGGCUCCAGUCGGUUGGGACAGUUUCCUGCUCCCACAGUUUCACUAGUAAUUCAUGCAAAGCAUCAACAAGAGCAGAGCCUCCGAAUUUGAAGAGGGCUGGAGGAAGAUCAUCUGGUCCCGCGGCUUUGUUCAACUUCAACAGUCCGAUCUCACGUUCGACUUCUGAGCGAGAGGGUGGAUCCAAAGGGACAGCCCACGGAGCGGGGCGAUCAGUGACCGGCGAAUCGAACAAUUCUUGCCGAUUAAAUUGCUUUUCAAAAUGCUCAGCCCAACGCUCCAGACGUUUUGACAAAUUGUGGAUAGGCUGUCCACUCUCGUCACGUAUAGUUUCACUAACACCAGGUCUCCUGCUGCCCGUUUCCCGUAUCAGACGGAAUAACUUACGAUGGUUGCCAAGGGCAGCGGCCACUUCCAUCUCUGACGCACGAUGAGACCACCAAGAUUCGCGGUCUCUCUUCAGGCUAGCACGGAGUUUUGCCCGGAGCUCUUUGCGAGUUUCAUUGUGCUCGCUUCCAGCCGGGAUAUGCCGGCGAGCAUCUAUAAGUUCCAGAGACUGCGAAGAGACCCAAUGUCCAUGUUGGCUAUUAGACAUACCACAUGAGGAUUUGCCUGCUGCUAGUAA